CAAGUUUGCAGGUUCAUAGCACAGAGUUUAUAUGAAUACUAGAGUGCGUGCUCCUUUUCUGUAAGAAAGAAAGAAACUCCUCACCUUCCAUGCGAAUGCAUGCAAGUGCUUCUCGCGGGACAGGGAGAUAUUCGUGUUUCAUACUGUGUACAGAACAUCGAGCCGUGCUCAUCUUGCGAUCGCAAUUCUUGCCAACCUCCUAGGAAUUGCUUGGCUGGUCUUGUCAAAGACUCUUGUGAAUGCUGCUACGUUUGUGCUCGAACGGAAGGCGAAAGGUGCGACCAUGAAGAUUUGCAUUUGGAAGGUUUCGGACAUUGUGGGGAUAAUUUGGAGUGUAGAGUCAGGAAUGAUCUAGAUUGGGAUGAUCCUCCGGAAGCUGUGUGUGUUUGCUCGAAGCAGAAACCUUUAUGUGGAAGCGAUGGAGUAACUUAUGAAAAUAUUUGUCAAUUGACCGAAACCCGAUAUAGAAGGCGGGAUGGACUUCGAGCUGUUUCAGCUGAGCCAUGUGUCAAACCUCCCAAAAUUCUAUCGCCGCCCCUCAACGUGAGGAAUUCAACUGGAAGUUAUGCUGCCAUGACAUGCGAAGCAAAUGCGUGGCCAGCCCCAGAUAUUCAAUGGCAUUUGGAAAAGAAUGGCAACCUCAUCUUACUGCCAGGCAAUAACACACUCCUAGCUGUACAAUAUCGAAGUGGCCCUGGAAUGGAUGAAGCGACAAGCUGGCUUUUGUUUCUUCGUUUAUCAGAAGAAGAUGAAGGUAUCUACACAUGCAAAGCUCAUAAUGAUGCAGGAGAUGACACGGCAUCUGCAACUGUUAGCAUUAUUAGCAAUUAAUAAAAUAAAGCUUGUCAGUUGAUUAGUUAUUACACAUGUGAUACCAAAAAACUUUUGCCCCAUGACGGCGACUAGGCUUUGCAAGGCAUAAACUGCACAAAAUAUUUCCGUUUUCAUGAAGGAAGUAAGCUCCACUUUAGUGGACAAUACUAGAUUUUAAAACAAAAUGAUGGACUUUUCACGAUGUGAAUGAUAUGAACAACAAUGAUAU